AUGCUAUGUCCACGAAAAUGCUCGGGGCAAGAGAAAAAGUUGGAGGCUAGCACGACGCCGCGCCUCCCGCAAAUUCAUAAUCGGCCACGUGGCAAGCCUCCGAGGGCCGCGCAGAUUAAAACUUUGUCGACCUUCGGAAGCGCUCCCGUCUCUCAUUUAUUGCAGUCGCAGUCCGCCCUGGGUCGAGGGGAGAGGGUUAUUUUUUCGGGAACGACGUCGAAGGGCUGCUGGGAAAAGGUCGGCGAAGCGGCAGCAGGAGUAGGGGCCGAAAAGUACUCGGCAGGCCUGGCAGGGGGCGUCUGGCGCCAUAAUUUAUUGAUUACCGCAGUGAACAAUAAAUUGCGCAGGGGCGACUGGCGGAACGAGACGAGGGCCGGAGGCCGGAGGUGCCAAUCAUUCAAUCGCCGCGUUAGAGGUGCCAAGUCCGCUUCGUCGCUGGCGACGUGGACUCGUCGGGACAGUUGGCGCGGAGCCCUUUCUUCCCGUUCUGUGGGCUCUUCAUCGACCGCGACGAAUCUCGCCGGCCGGACGAGUCGGCGCGACGGAGGGGAAUGGCUUAGGGCGAGCCAUGUCCCUGCGUCCGGCGACCGUCGCAGCGGAGAGGAGCGUCUGGGCAACGUCUUCCUCGUCGUCGAGGGCGAGGACGAGGGCGAUGGCGCGAGCGUCUGGGCAGUAGUGGGAGUAGUUAGUGGUGAGGAGGGCGGCAAGGCGAGGCCUUGA